UUUGCCCUGGGAGUACUGACACUGGUGUGUGUGUGUUGGGUCCCCGUGCGGACAUGCCCCACGGUGCAGCCAGACAUGCUGAACGUUCACCUGCUGGCUCACACACAUGAUGACAUGGGCUGGGUCAAGACAGUGGACCAGUACUACUAUGGGGUUCAGAAUGAGCUCCACCAUGGGGCCCUGAAGAACAUCCUUGACUCUGUCAUUUCUGCUCUGCGGGCAGAGCCCAGCCGCAGGUUCGUGUACGUGGAGAUGGCCUUCUUCUCCCGUUGGUGGCACCAGCAGACGAACGCAACCCAGCAAGCCGUGCGGGAGCUGGUGCGCCAGGGGCGCCUGGAGUUUGCCAACGGUGGCUGGGUGAUGAACGACGAGGCGGCCACCCACUAUGGCGCCAUCGUGGACCAGAUGACGCUGGGGCUGCGCUUCCUGCAGGACACGUUCGGCGACGACGGGCGCCCCCGUGUGGCCUGGCACAUCGACCCCUUUGGGCACUCUCGGGAACAGGCUUUGCUCUUUGCACAGAUGAGCUUUGAGGGUCUCCUGGGACGUGUGGAUUACCAAGACAAAGAGCUGCAGGAGAAGCAGUGGGAGAUGGAGCUGGUGUGGCAGACCAGUGUCAGCCUGCAACCCCUGACUGCUGACCUCUUCACAGGUGUGCUCCCCAAUGUUUAUGACCCCCCAAGGUAUCUGUGCUGGGACAGGCUAUGUGGUGACAAGCCCCUGGUGGACAAUCCCAACAGCCCUGAGCACAACACCAAGGAACUGGUUGAUUACUUCCUCGACUUGGCUGCCACCCAGCAGCAGGCAAACGGGAGCCAUGCCUGUUACCUCUGGGAGCUGAACAAGGCCAACCUCACCUGGUCGCUGAAGGAGGACGACUACUUCCCGUAUGCCCAUGGCCCCCAGCAGUUCUGGACCGGCUACUUCUCCAGCCGGCCGGCCCUCAAACACUAUGAGCGUGUCAGCUAUAGCUUCCUGUGGGUGUGCAAGCAGCUGGAGGCGCUGGUGGGCCCGGCGGCCAAUGUGGGGCCCUAUGGGUCAGGAGACAGUGCUUCCCUAGAUAAAGCCAUGGCGGUGCUUCAGAACCACAAAGUGGUAAGUGGCACCUCCAGCCAGCACGUGGUGGAAGACUACCCGUGCCAGCUGGCUGCAGGUUAGAGGCCCUGCAAGGUUCUCCUGAGCAACGCCCUGGCGCGGCUCAGCGGCUCCCAGGAGGCUUUCUCCAUCUGCCCCGAGCUCAACAUCAGCGUCUGCCCGCUCAGCCAGACGUCGUCGGCGCGCUUCCAGGUCGCCAUUUACAACCCCCUGGCCAGGAAGGUGGGCCGCAUGGUGCGGCUGCGGUCAGUGCAGGCCUUUCCUCUGAAGGACCCCAGUGGCCACGCUGUGCCCAGCGAUGUGCUGCUGCUGCCCCAAGCAGAGGGCCAGAAGCCCAGCCCAGAGCUGCUGUUCUCCGCCUCGGUGCCGGCCCUGGGCUUCAGCAUCUACUCGGUAGCACAGGUGUCUCAGCAGAAACACCAGGGCCACUUCCCCGGGCGCAUCCCCCAGAAGCCCAGGCCGGGUGUCAUCAUCAGACAUAAUUACAACCAGGGCACAUUCAACCCCAAGACGGGUUUCUUGAUGCAGAUUGAGGACCUGGAGAAGCAACUCGUGCUGCCCAUGAACCAGUCAUUUUUCUGGUAUAACGCCAGUACACCUCACAUACAAGACUAUCAGCUCUCUGAAGCCUACAUCCUUAGUCCUGAUGGAAUGCAGCUGCCUGUGAACAGCUCAGCUCAGAUCCUCCUGCUGAAGACACCCUUGGUGCAGGAGGUGCACCAGAACUUCUCAGCCUGGUGUUCCCAGGUGGUUCGCCUGUACCACGGACAGCGCCACCUGGAGCUGGAGUGGACAGUGGGGCCCAUCCCUGUGGGUGACAAGUGCGGGAAGGAAGUGAUCAGUCGCUUCGACACACCGCUGGAUGCCAAGGGCUACUUCUACACGGACAGCAAUGGCCAGGAGAUCCUAAAGAGGAGGAGGAAUUAUCGGCCCACCUGGAACUUGAACCAGACAGAGCCAGUGGCGGGGAACUACUAUCCAGUCAACACUCGAAUUUACAUCACGGAUGGUAAGAAGCAGUUGACAGUGCUGACAGACCACUGCCAGGGAGGCAGCAGCCUGCAGGACGGCUCGCUAGAGCUCCUGGUGCCCCGCAGGCUGCUGCUGGAUGAGAACUGUGGACUGGGGGAGCCGCUGCUGGAGGAGGGCUCGGGGUUGCGGGUGCGAGGGCACCACCUCGUGCUGCUGGACGCUGUGGGCACGGCGACCGCGGCGCACUGGCUGCUGGUGGAGAAGGAGGUCCUGGCCCCACAGGUGGUAUUGGCCUUGGGGGGCGGCGCCCACUACCACCCUGGGGCUGCCCGGCGCCUGCAGUUCUCAGGGCUGCUCCAGGAGCUCCCGCCCUCCGUGCACCUGCUCACCCUGGCCCACUGGGGCCCAAAGAAGCUGCUGCUGUGCCUGGAGCACCAGUUUGCCAGUGGGGAGGACUAGGGCCACAACUUGAGCUCCCCCCCCCCCGUGACCUUGAAUUUACCUGACCUGUUCUCUACCUUCACCAUCACCCACCUGCAGGAGACCACGCUGGUGGCCAACCUGCUUCGAGCCAGCGCUUCCAGGCUCAAAUGGACACCGGACACCGGGUUCACCCCCACCCCCACCCCCACGGUGCCCCCUCUGGACCCAGCCUCCAUCACGCUGCAGCCCAUGGAGAUCCGCACGUUUGUGGCCUCGGUCCAGUGGGAAGAGGCCGCCUGGAGCCAAGGGGGUGACCCAGUCCAAGCCUGA